UCCGCGAUGCCGCUGCUGUUCCUGGAGCGCUUCCCCUGGCCCAGCCUCCGCACCUACACGGCUCUCAGCGCCCUGGCCCUGCUGGGCACCGGCCUCAGCGCCUACCGCGCCCUCAGCCAGGCCCCCGGCGGCGCCCAGCCGGACGGCGGCGGGGCGGCAGGCACCGAGCCGGCCGAGCCCCAGCGCCGCGGCGGGCCGCGGGCCCUGGACGUCGCCUACUACCUGCUCUCCGACAGCCUCUGCGUCUGGGUACUAGUGAACACUGCCUGCUGUUUUCUGAUGUUGGUUGCUAAGCUAAUCCAGUGUAUGGUGUUUGGUCCUCUCCGUGUCAGUGAGAGGCAGCAUCUCAAGGAUAAAUUCUGGAAUUUCAUUUUCUACAAGUUCAUCUUCAUUUUUGGUGUGCUGAAUGUUCAGACAGUGGAAGAAGUGGUGAUGUGGUGCCUCUGGUUCUCUGGACUUGUGUUUCUUCAUCUUAUGGUUCAGCUCUGCAAGGAUCGCUUUGAAUAUCUUUCCUUUUCUCCUACCACACCCAUGAGCAGCCACAUCAGAGUCCUGACCCUUCUCAUAGCCAUGCUCCUGUCCUGCUGUGGAUUAGCAGUCAUCUGUGGUAUUAUUGGCUACACCCAUGGCAUGCACACGUUGGCUUUCAUGGCAGCAGAGUCUCUGCUUGUGACAGUCAGAACUGCUCAUGUGAUUUUACGAUAUGUAAUUCAUCUCUGGGAUCUCAACCAUGAAGGAACAUGGGAGGGCAAAGGCACUUAUGUCUACUACACAGAUUUUGUCAUGGAGCUAACCUUGCUUUCACUGGACUUGAUGCAUCAUAUUCAUAUGCUGCUGUUUGGCAAUAUCUGGUUGUCAAUGGCGAGCCUGGUGAUUUUUAUGCAGCUGCGCUACCUGUUUCACGAGGUUCAACGAAGAAUUCGGCGGCACAAGAACUACCUGCGUGUCGUUGGAAACAUGGAAGCCAGGUUUGCAGUUGCAACACCAGAGGAGCUAGCAGUCAAUAAUGAUGACUGUGCCAUUUGCUGGGACUCCAUGCAAUCUGCACGUAAACUCCCUUGCGGCCAUCUCUUCCACAACUCAUGCCUGCGGUCCUGGCUGGAACAAGAUACAUCUUGCCCCACCUGCAGAAUGUCUCUUAAUAUCACUGACAGCCAUCAUGUGAGGGAGGAUCACCAAAGGGAAAAUCUGGAUGAGAACCUGGUCCCCGUGGCAGUAGCAGAAGGCAGACCACGCUUGAACCAGCACAAUCACUUCUUCCACUUUGAUGGUGAUGACCCACUUAUGUUAAAUACAUGUAGAAGUACUUUGCCCGCUGAGAACCUCAUAUUCUUGCUUGACUUUCUUGGUGAUUUCUUAUUCUUAGGCUCUCGAAUUGCCAGCUGGCUGCCCAGUUUUUCAGUAGAAGUGAUGCAUACUACCAACAUCCUUGGUAUUGCACAAGCCAGCAACUCCCAGCUUAAUGCUAUGGCCCAUCAGAUUCAGGAGAUGUUCCCUCAGGUUCCUUAUCAUGUAGUUCUACAGGAUCUGCAGCUAACUCGUUCUGUAGAGAUCACCACUGACAACAUCCUAGAAGGGCGCAUCCAGGUUCCUUUCCCCACACAGCGUGCAGAUAGCAUUAGACCUGCAUUGAACAGUUCUGUGGAACGGCACAGUACAGAUCAGGAGGAUACUGAAACUGUCACCCAGACUGAGAGAGUGCCACUUGAACUCAACUCAAGACUGGAAGAAAUGGUGGAAUUCAGUGAAAUGGAAGCAGAGCCUAGUGAAGCGGAAGAUUUUGAGGCCAGGGGAAGUCGCUUUUCCAAGUCAGCUGAUGAAAGGCAGCGUAUGUUGGUUCAGCGGAAGGAGGACUUGUUGCAGCAAGCUCGAAAGCGUUACUUAAACAAAACCUCCGAUGAGGAGUUGACCACAGAGAAGCCCUCUCCCCCGCCUGAGGGAGCGUCCGCCGAUCCCGUCACCCUGCGUCGCAGGACGCUCGCCGCCGCCGCCGAACGGAGACUUCAGAUGCAGCAGAACUCUUAGCGCUCGUUGCCCCUCCUUCCUCCUCCUCGUGAGCAAUGCUGAAUAAAUAAAUUAAAUACAAAAAAACCCCCCUGCGCUUUCUAUACCAGCAGGAAAGUGUCUCUUCAGAGUUCAGCUAGCUGUGCUGCCGAGUGAGCUGGCUGCCUCUCUGCUGUAUAAAGCAUGUGGUCUAAUAAUGUUUGGACAGCUGACAAAUUAACCUUUUUUGUAAUAUUUUCUAUGUGACGUUGAUCCCCUCCACAAACAAAAGGCAAUUUCUAAACUACGGGCGUGAUUUCUGCAGCUAGCAUGAGGUAUUAGGCUGAGUGCACAGCAGAGGCUGGGGAAAGCGUGUUCCGAAUUAGCAGCUGUGGGCGCAGGUCGCGGAGGGCACUGGCGUGUUCAGCUCGAGAUCAGGGAGAGUUACUCCAAGAGGGAAGAAAGCUUAGAAAUUUGCAGCAAACCCUGCGUCAGAUGAGCAGGCGCCCGCUCUUCGGUCCCUGUUCGUGUCGACAGCGAAGGGUGUUACGUAGGCCGGCUUGAAGGGCUAGGGUAGCGUCGCUGGGAAGUCGGGUCCUCGACUGGACCCAAGUUGUCUGGCUACAUAACGCAGAAAAAACCAAAUUCAUGAAUUGUGCAGCGAAGCGCCGAUUCACAUCGAUUCCAGCAUAAAAGAGUUUGUUUACCGUUGCUGGGCUCUUCUGCACCGGCAGACGUCUGGCUCUGUUCGCUCCCCGGGGCUGCGCUAUUUUCCUUUGCCUUUUAUGGCCAGAAACAAGGGCGAGACCGAGGGGAAUCGAGUGAAGAAGAGGGGGCGUCGGGCGAGGUUACGGCCCCGGCAGCUCAGUGUUACCGUAAGCCAAGGGAGCGCGGUAGAAAAACCUGCCUGUUCUGGACUCCAGAGCGACACGGAUGAGACUUCACGGAGAUAGCUCCGCUAUCUUGCUUUUUAUUUCCUUUUUAACCCCACACCUUCACCGUGAGUUUAUUCAGAAAGACUGGAGGAAUUGGGGCAGCUGGACCUCGGCCUGGCUGCAGCCCCACCUGCUCACCUCUGAUUUUGCUAAAGAACUUUGGACACGAGAGCCGCCUGGAGCCGCCGAUGCUAGCUUGCGUAGUUGAAUUUUACAUGGCAGUGACUUAAUUUUUAAACUUCUGAAGAGUGCGUUCUAGUAUCACUGUCCUUUAGAAGGAGCCCAGUAUUACCUAGAAUUGUUGGUAACUCUUUUUACUGUUGGUUUUUAGGACAUUUGAAGGUGAAUUUAAUGAGAGGAGUUGCAUCGAUGUUUAGGUGAAAAUAAUUUAUUUCAAUAAAACUCUUUGGGAAGCCUUACCUUGCAAUGCUAUUAGUAAACUUCGAAGAAUUUUUUUUUUUUUUUGAGAUCUUUGGUUUUGCUCAGAGCACAGCUGUUUUGUUUCUAUUGUUUAAAAAAAAAAAAAAACAAAACCAAAAUAAAAUCUUGGUCAGUGU